ACCUAAAGCAGUAAAAACCAUUCUUUCUUUUUCUUUUUUAAUUACAAAAAAAAAAAAAAGAUGCAUACGGGAGCAAGUGUACUUGUUGGGUAUAUCUGUAUUUUACCCGUGAUUUCUAGUUAUACUGAUGGAUGGAUUCAACACGUUCUUUUGUACCUGCAUGCACUGGGUGUAUCGUGUAUGCUAUACCUUCUCGUGAACCCAGCUACGAGUGAUAACAACGAGGUGGAUGAAAAUGAAAUCUAUGGGUUACGCCAUCUUUUAUUUAACCUGGAAUUACCACCCAAGACAUUAUGGUUUAAUAUGGGACUUUGGGAUAAACCCGGUUUAAGUUUUCCUCAAGCUUGUGAGAAUCUUGUUCAUAAGGUGGCCCAGUUUAUCAAUAUCAAGCCAAUGUCGAGCGUAUUAGAUGUUGGAUUUGGAUGUGGAGAUUCUUGUAUAGUAUUUGCAGAGCAAUACCAAUCGCAAGUGACUGGUAUCACCAACGAAUUAUCACAAUGGCGUAUUGCAAAAGAACGCGUCUCCACCCUUCCAUCGAAAAUCAAUGUCUUGCAUGGAUCAGCGGAUACGUUAGACAAGCAUGUUUCAUCUACGUUUGAUUAUAUCAUUAGCAUUGAUUCGGCCUACCAUUACAAUACACGUUGGAAUUUUAUUCAAGCUGCCUUUAAACAUUUAAAUGAGGGUGGUGUUCUCGGUCUCUAUGAUCUCUGUAUCGAUCCCGACUUAUACGCAUCGGUGACGCCCAUCAAAAGACAGAUCCUCAAGCUGGUUUGUCAAGCCGUUCAUAUACCUCUGGAGAACCUGGUAACACCGGAAGAAUACGAAAAAAGAGUAGAGGAUGCAGGAUAUAAAAAAGUAGACAUGGUAUGUUUGGAUCGCAUGCUCGUCUUUGGUGGACUUUCUCAGUCCUUUCACACUCAAUACGAAACGACUCAAAAGUAUGGGAUUGGUAUGAGUUUAUCCAACCGUAUGACUUUGAAAGUCUCGGGUUUCUUAUUCGGUUUAUUAGCUACACGAUCAUGGUUAGUUCCCGUUCUUAUCAAGGCUGAAAAAGUCUAUUAAAUAAAGGGUUGCUAUCUAGUUAUUUUU